AUGUCGACCGCCGAUGAGUUGCCCGCACUCCACCCAUAUGCGGUUAGCCCAGGUGCCUCUGUUCACAUCAUCAUUGCCUGCAUCUUUACCUUGCUAGCUACGAUUUGUGUCGUGCUUCGCUUUGUACAACGCCGUCGGAGCCGCGAGUUCUGGUGGGACGACUGGGCCAUUUUGGGCUCACUCAUCUUCGCCUUUGGCGGCGUCUUGCUUUGCACCUUGCUGAUCUCGGCGCCAUCCAUCGGCGCUGCAGGAUAUCACAUCAACACAUACACGGUCGAUCAGCUCAACACGUACUUCAAGCUUAUGCUCGCCGCCAACGUCCUGUACAAUCCCAGCAUUGCACUGUCCAAGGCCUCCAUUCUCUUCUUCUACCGCCGUAUCUUCUCAGUCGAUGGCCAGUUUCUGAUGUUUAUGCGCAUCAUGGGCUUCUUCGUCAUUGGGAACUGUCUCGCUGCCAUGCUCGGCCUCAUCUUCUCCUCCAAUCCCGUCGAGGCUCAAUGGAACGUGGGCAUGCCUGCCACAACCAUCAACGGCCCAGCGUUUUGGGCUGUCAUGGCGGUAGUCAACAUUGUUUUGGAAAUGGCCAUGCUUGCCAUUGCUCAGAUCAAGGUCUGGAAGCUCCAGCUGUCUCCGCGGAAGAAGUUCUUAAUAUCUGGCGUCCUCUUGCUGGGUGCCUUUACGAUUAUCGCAAGCAUUCUGCGCAUUGUUUACCUACUUACCGUCGACGUUUCCGAUAUGACCUACACAAUCACCACUCCUGGCAUCUGGACCAACGUGGAAAUGAACCUGUCAAUCAUUUGCGCCUGCCUCCCUAUGCUCUAUAACCUCUUCCGUCGCACAAGGGGGAAAGGAAACACGACGGCCAGGAGCACGGAUUGGACACCUAGGCACCAAGGUGGUGUAGUCACUAUCGGAAGUGGACCAAGCAAGCUCAUGGCCCCCUUCAAGAGCAGCCAGUAUCUCGAUUCAUGAAAUCCCUUGACCCAGUUCGUGUGCGAAUGGAAUAUACUGUUAGCUAGAUUCUCUCAGUAACCUCUCAAGCCACGCUCGCAUGAGGUCGGGUUGCUGAAGGAGGCAUGCGAAAAGGGAUGACAACCAACAAAUUCGCUGGGGCAAAGCUGGCCGAGUCUCCGUACCACCUUUGCCCCGCGAAAGCAAAUGGGUCACGAUGGAUUCUGUUGGACUAAAAACCACGAAAAAUUCCAAUCAGAGAGAAAAUUAGGUAAAUAAUGGCAGUUCAACU